CCAGAACCGGGUCUGAUGGCGUAGUGUAGUUGUGGCCCUAUGCUCCACUGAGGGUGAAUAGGACCAAGAAGAAGAAGAAUUGUUUUUGUAGAUAUUUGUUGUCUAUGUGCUUGCUUUCAUAGCCUUAUUAUUUUUCUUUCGUGUAUAUUUAUCAUAAGCUUUUUUUUCACUCUUAAUCUUCACUGCUGUAUCUGUGUACACCCACUGAACCUUGCUCUUGUUGUGACAGUACUUCUUUGUUGGAAUGCAGGUAUUAGAGGCCUUGAUUAAUUUAUAAUUUUCAUGUCCAUCAAAUCUGGACAGACAAGAAAGAAAUAAAAGACAGAAGGUGGAUGGAUUUUAUGAACAGAAUCCUGUUGUUGGUCCUCCAGUUAGUACCAGCCAACUUUUCAUGAAAGAUGGUCUCCUGGUAACUCUUCUAUUCAUCUGUUGAAUACAUGGGACCCAUGUCAGCUUUCAAGUUUAAUACACAGUUUGAUGGCUGUAUCUAUUACUGCUGGAAGAAAACACAUAAAAUUAUCACUUAUUCAAUGACAAUGGAUAUUCUUCUCGCUCAAAAUGAAUCAUGUCUGACCUAAUGACACCAUGAAGUGACAAAGCCUAGUUUGGAUUUUUGCUUACAUUUUGCAACAGUGUUUUUAUCUGGUCCAUAAAGGAAAAAAUAUUAGAAUUUUAUACUUCUGAAGAUAAAUAUUUUGGAAUAGUGUUCAAUUGCCAUUACUCAUAUUUUCUCUUUUUUCUGUUUUUUUAAGACAAAAGUUUGAUCAGAUAAAAGUGCAUAUUCUAAGCAUCAUCUUGGUGGUUGUACCUAUACAAUUUCAAAUGACUCUUGUAGAUAUCUUAAAGGCAUAAGAAUGGAGUGGAAAGCAAAAAUAGCUACAUCUGUUCUAGAUGGAUUUCGUCAGUGUUACUCUCAAGAUUUAUUUACUGACAUUGAAAUUGAAGUAAGUAAAGCAAUUUUUAAGUGUCAUAAAAUUUUUUUGUGUGCAAUUUCAGAUUUUUUUCAUGCAAUGUUCACAUCUGGAAUGCGUGAAAGUGUAAAUGAUAGAAUACAGUUGUCAGGGCUAUCAUCUGCAACAUUUAGGGAUGUUUUGACAUUUUACUAUAAUGGAGAUGAUAGUGUCAUCACACAUGACACAGUAGAAGAGCUCCUGCAUGCUUCUGGUUUGCUGCAGCUGACAUGUUUGCAAACAAGAUGUGAAGCAUAUUAUGCCAACCACUUUGUCCCAGAAAAUGCCAUUGGAAUAUGGAAGCUUGCAACAUGCCAUGGAUGCAUGCAAUUACAACAGUUGUCAAAGAAGUUUAUUUUAAACAACUUCACAGCAGUUAGUCAGGAAGCAGAAUUUCUUACUCUUGAGGCAGACAUGCUGGUGGAACUGUUGAAUGACAGUGACUUGAAAAUUUCUAGUGAGGAUAUUGUGUGCCUUGCUGCAAUUAAGUGGAUCAAGCAUGAUUUGACAGGACGUUCUCAACAUUUAGAGGUAAUUGUAUCUAGUUUAUGUCUGAACCUGUUGUCUCCAAACUGCUUUUCUAACUUAGUGGCCUUUGCUAAGUUUACCUGUGCCUCGUGUUCAUCGCUUCUGCAGGACUGUCUGGAACGGUGUCAUCUCUCUCGGCUGCAGCAAGGAACUUCUGAGGUCACCAGUGGAAGGUGCUGUAGAAACUACGAAGAAAUGUUAGUAGUUCUUGGUGUGCAUAAGGCAACUAAAAUGUUGCCUUCAGUCCACGCUUACAGUUUUUACUUAUGCCAAUGGUUUAAGUUGGAUCCUCUGCCUUUUGAUCCAGGUGUAGGAUAUGCUACUUGUGUGAAAGAUAGUACAAUCUAUAUAUCUGGCAUUUCACUGCGAAAAGGUUAUAUGUUAAAGUAUGAUGGAAAUGAUAACUACUGGAUAGAAGUUUCAGAAAUGCCUGAUCAGCGGCGCUAUCAUGAAAUGGUAGUGCUUGAUAAUUUUGUCUAUGCAGUAGGUGGAUGCAACAAACGUGAUGGUGCUUUUAGUGUCAUCAAUCGCUACAGCAUAGCAGAAGAUUGUUGGAAGUCUGUAGGUCACCUUCAGAUGGGUGUCUACUCUGCAUCAGCCACAGCCAUUGGAGACAUUAUUUUUGUCUUUGGAGGGAGAGCUCAUGGCAGCAUUCGCAGACAUGAAAUUCAAGCAUACAAUACAAAUACUAAUGUUGCUACAGUAAUUAGUUCCUUUGCUUCACCUGUAACUGAGAGUCGAGCAUUGAGUGUAGGUUGUGAAGCAUUUGUUGCACUUACAAAUGGAACAGUUCUGAAAGUUUCAGAGGAUGGUAAUAUUUAUUCUCAUGCCACCAUUGCAAACUUUGAUCGAUACAAUUUUGGAUUUGUUAAAAAGAUGAAUUCCAUCAUGGUUGUUGGUGGUGAAACUCGGUAUCCAUCAGGAUGUGGGUCUGGUCAUUUUGUGGACUUAAUCCAGAUUGAUCUGGAUUCUGGUAAAACUUUUGUGAUGAAAGACCAUAUGUUUGCUUCAGCAAGUGCUGUCUGCUGCUGCAUGGUCAUUCUACAUAGAACAGCUUUCCCUAAAAUGAUACAGCCUCAUUUGUAGUCCCAACUACCAAAUUUAUCUUUGUCAUAAAAACCCCAUAUUAUUUAAGUGCAUAAACCAGCGUUUAUGUACAGAUUUAUAGUGGUAUAGUGUUGUGUUUGACAUUUUCCCCCAAUUUCAUAUAUUGUACAAAUGUUCUAAUUAAACUGAUGUGGCAUUUUACUUUACUUAUAUUAAUAACUAACCAGGGUUCCUUGCAUUGCUCACGUUGAUUUUUGUUUCUGAGCUAGAACUUGAAUUUUAUUGUCAACUUUAUAUCUACCAAUUUAUUUGAGUCAAGCUUAUUCUCUUUAAUGUUUGCAUGCAUGACAUAAGUGUAGCAGAAUCAGUAAAUAUUCUUGCACUUGCCAUGUAACUUGCACUCUCUCUUUUGCUUGCUCCCUCCCCUCCCUACCUCUCUGUUUUUUUCUCUCAUGGGGUCCCCUCUCAAAUAACUGCAUCAAAAUUUGCUCUGCAUAUUAAAGUUAUACUGCAGUUUUAUCUGUGUAGUAGAUGGUUUAUUUUUCCUUUUAGUUCACUGGUGACAUCUUAAUAUGGAAAAAAUAAACAUGCUCUGGAGCAACAUAAUGAACCAAACAAAGUUCAUGAUCUUUUCCUAAAUGAAAGAGUAUUCCUAUAAAAUUUAAUCAUGAUAAGAUAAAGGGUGUGAAUUUCAUAGGUUUCAACCAUAACCACAAAUAGUGCCGCACUGAGCUUUAUUCAUAAAAUAAAAUGUAUGUGUGCACAGAUACAUUGUAAUGUUUGUAGUGGGUUUUUUAAAUUGUUUUUUACUUGCUUUCUUUGUGUAUGUGGAUGUAUUUGUGCCUAUGCACUUAUGUACACAUGCAUGUAUGAAUGUGAAUAAAAAUGUGAUGUGGAGGCAUCUUUCA